AUGCCGUUGGCGCACACACGUUACGCACGCACACACGCGCCGUCGUGCGCACACACGCGCGUGCCGGUGCGUGUGAACACGUCCUGGUUCUACUUCAGUGUCCAGGGGGGAGCCCCGGGGAAGCUGAUCAAGCUGCACAUCGUGAACAUGAACAAGCAGAGCCGGCUGUACUCCCAGGGCAUGGCCCCCUUCGUCCGCACGCUGCCCGUGCGGCCCCGCUGGGAGCGCAUCCGGGAGCGGCCCAGCUUCGAGAUGGUUGAGACACAGUUCGUGCUGUCCUUCGUCCACCGGUUCCUGGAGCACCGUGGGACCACCACCUACUUCGCCUUCUGCUACCCCUUCUCCUACACCGACUGCCAGGAGAUGCUGGCACAGCUGGACAGCCGCUUCCAGGAGUGCCAGCACAUGUCCCCUAGCAGCCCCCUCGACUCCGUCUAUUACCACCGGGAGCUGCUCUGCUACUCCCUGGACAAGCUGCGAGUGGACCUCCUUACCAUCACCUCCUGCCACGGCAUGCUGGAGAAGCGGGAACCCCGCCUGGACAAGCUCUUCCCGGACACCAGCACUCCGCGGCCGCACCACUUCACCGGGAAGAGGGUGUUCUUCCUGAGCAGCAGGGUCCACCCUGGAGAAACACCCUCCAGCUUUGUCUUCAACGGCUUCCUGAACUUCAUCCUGCGGGAGGAGGACCCCCGUGCCCAGAUGCUGCGGCGCAUGUUCGUCUUCAAGCUGGUUCCCAUGCUGAACCCUGACGGGGUGGUGCGGGGCCACUACCGAACUGACUCCCGUGGGGUGAACCUGAACCGGCAGUACUUGAACCCCGAUGCGGAGCUGCACCCUGCAGUCUAUGGUGCCAAGGCCGUGCUCCUCUACCACCACAUCCACAGCCGCGUCCUGCCAGGCUCUCCUGACUGGAGGACCUUUGUCUCCCCACUCAGUCCUAGCUCAUUAAGCACAAAAUCCUCCAAUACCCCGCUCAGCAGCAGUGCCCCACCCCCAGACCCAGCCCUCUCAGAGCUGGAGAAAGCCAAGAACCUCCAGAACACUGGUGCCUGGCACACCAGCACAGCCCGUGGCACUGCUGAGGACAACCCGCUGCCAGCAGAACCUGUCACCCAGCCAGGCAGGGACCCGGCACUCUGGAUCCUGCCCUCCAGCCACCCCCCAGAGCCCUGUGAGGAGGGGGGUGGCAGGCCUCCAGCAGCCCCCGCCCCUGAAAGCAUCUCACCCCAGGACAGUGGGCUGGCCUACUACGUGGAUCUGCACGGCCAUGCCUCCAAGCGCGGCUGCUUCAUGUACGGCAACAGUUUCAGCGACGAAAACGACCAGGUGGAGAACAUGCUGUUCCCCAAACUCAUCUCCUUGAAUUCACCUCACUUCGACUUCACGGGCUGCAACUUCUCAGAGAAGAACAUGUAUGCCCGGGACCGGCGGGAUGGGCAGUCCAAGGAAGGCAGCGGGCGUGUGGCCAUCUAUAAAGCCCUGGGCAUCAUCCACAGCUACACCUUGGAGUGCAACUACAACACGGGUGGGCUCCCAGCCUCGGCCUCUGACGACACCCUGUGCCACACCAAGAGCUUCAGCAGUGGCACCGGCGGGGGCAGCCAGGACUGGCCACAGGUUGGAGCCUCCCCCAGCGCUGCUGGUGGCCGCAGCCACCCCUCAGCCCUGGCCCCAGGGAGCCAGAGCACCGGCCAGGGCAGAGGGACCCUCCUGGUGGGCACCCGGGCAGCGCCGAGCACCGGCACUGGCCACAGAGCACGGGAGGCCCGGCACGGCACAGGAGAGCUGGCAGCUGCCCAUGGCACAGCCCCGCAGCAGGUGCUGCCAAAGAAGUUGGAUGCCAGGAGAGCCCCAGAGCGUUCCAG